CCGCACAGCAUGACAUUGACAGGCCAAAGCCGACACCAACGUUCUCUUCUUCGUCCUAAGUCCAUUCCAGUACCUCCCCUUGUAUCGCCGGCCGAAUCUUUGGACAUUCUACAGCUUCAGACACGACAUGUCAACGGCGCCCAAAGAUGUUGAGGAAAGCGACCCUAAAGCUUUUCUCAACUCGUUCUUCAUGAUUCUUGCAUCAGAAAUUGGUGACAAGACUUUCCUCAUUGCAGCCAUUCUCGCCAUGCGCCAUCCGAGGAUAGUCGUCUUUGCUGGAGCCUUUGGCUCUCUUGUUGUCAUGUCCAUGCUAUCAGCGGAGAUGGGACACAUUCUUCCGACCCUCAUUCCAAAGAAAUGGACACAAGCUGCCGCCGCCGUGUUAUUCUUUGUUUUCGGUGGCAAGAUGCUGAUGGAGGGGCGGGCUAUGGCGGCUGGUAAUGACAAAAUACGCGAGGAGAUGAAGGAAGCGGAGGAGGAGAUCGACGAUGACGACGGACAACCUGCUAUACCUCUGGAGGACCUCGAAGGUGGAACGGCUCAACCGAGAAGCACGAUAUCAGAGAGCCGACCUCACUCGACUGCUGAAGGCAUUCGGAACUUUUUCAGCUUCUUCUUAGGCCCUGUCUUUGUGCAAGCAUUCAUUCUCACUUUCCUCGGUGAGUGGGGGGAUCGCAGUCAAAUAGCCACGAUUGCACUCGGAGCAGCCCAUAAUGUAUACAUCGUUACUGCUGGUACUGUGAUAGGCCAUUCCUUGUGUACGGCUCUGGCGGUCGUUGGUGGCCGUUAUGUUUCUACGAAGAUAUCUGUCAAGCAUGUCACUCUUGGCGGCGCUGUUCUGUUCCUCGUUUUCGGUGUCAUCUACUUGUUCGAGGCAUUCGGUAGGGACAGAAGCAUGAACGAAAUCGACAUGACCAUUCCCGGCGAAAACAGUCUCAUAUAGCUGACAACUCUCCUGCAUUUGUCCAACAACCUAGAGCCUAUUCAAUAACUCUCCAGUGCGCUCGAAACUUGUAUGUAUAUAUAUACGUACUUGUUCAUCUAGCCGAGUACAUACUGCAGAUCAAAAUCAUAAUCAUUCUGGA